AUGGAAUCAGUCCGGUACGAGCCCUUGAGCACAGUCCAACCACAUUUGGUGUGGGGAUGCUGGGACAUCAUGACGCUAUGUUUGGUUUUGGCGGCUACUGCGUAUGUCGCCAUCACUGUAUCAGAGGAACUUGAGCUUAGCCAGUUUUCAAGCCUAUGGACAAAGAUUGAGCAGCUCAGCCAGGAAAGCUUGGCUCAUGCAGUUAUUGUUCUCGGCAUUUUGGGCUGUUUGAUGUUGCUUCUGGGUGCUGUGCGUCCUUUGCGAGGAGGAAAAGGCUAUGACUACAAGGUGCACGAAGCAGUGAAUUGCAGAGAUGCAAUUGUGAGAAGCAUCCAAAAGAUGGCGACCUUGUUUCACGUGGUCUUUGCAGCUGGCGGGAUAUGCUUUAGGCUUUUGGCCGACGCAUUGGCAUUAAUGGAUCUCUAUGAGGACCAUGAUAUUGUGGCCUUCUCGAUCAAGCUCUUGAUGAUUGGACUUGCAGCCUCUUGGGCUGCAAUGUGGGUAUAUCCCCACACACCCACAAGUUGGAUGUACAUGCCUCCCUUGGGCCUGCCAUCUGGCCAACUCACUUGCCUCCCAUGCUUCAUGGCUCUUCUGACACUGUGCCAGCUGCUACCACCCUGCAUAUUGCUGUCAUGCUUCCUUCUCUUCACCUUCUCAGACACGGCAGAGGAGCUUGAGCGAGCUAUGGAGCUCUUGCAUCUUCCUCAAGUCUUGACGGCGCUGCAAAGGGCUUCCUUACUUACAGAGACGGUGCCAGCCUUCCUCUUCAACAUGUUCUUGCUCUCCGGUUCCAAGCUUUCCCAAACUUCCUGGCCAAUCCUUUGUAUUUCCACUCUGGUGGAUGGCUGCUUCUUAGUGAAGACGUUCGCGCAAAUUGAUCGCUUGGGCCAUGUCUCACAUUAUGUGAACGGCUUACCAAGUGUUGUGGGCACAGCACCUUCCUCUUCUGCAUUGUUUGCCUUCAUUGUGUUUUACCGUGCAGCGACUUUGCUGUCCAACUGCUUCUUACCACUGGCCUUCCAAAACGUAGUGGACAUCACGUGGGCUGGAUUCCCCGCUGCCUUGGGAUUGCUGCUUUUGGAUUUUGCACUGCAAAUGUUACAGGUUCUAAAUGCAACUGGAAAUUGGAAGAAAUUGCCCUAUGCCAUGUGGGCCCUCUUGACGCCACCUGAACCAUUGCUCCAUUCUGGACAGCCGCUUUUUGCAUGUAAGCCGCGGAUUUGGAUAGUGGUGAAGGGGAUGCUCUACGCGCUGUGUCUGGCGUUUCUUGUGGUUGAGAUUGAUGGGCCUAUAUUUGAUUUUGGAGAUCCCGUUCUUCAUAUAGUAUUAGUGGCUAUGGCCAUUCAGUGGCCCUUGUUUGUGGCCCUUCGGAAUGCUGCUUAUCCGGUCAGUGAGUCCCACUUCAAUCUGCAGGAGGAUACCACCACAGCACAAGUGCCUUUGCACUUGAUGAAGAUUUGGUGGGCAGCAAGGAAAACGAUAAUUCUUUCAAGUUGCAAUUUGCAGGACCUUGGAGCAAACGUGGUGGGACGCAUGCUGGAAGAAGAUGAGGUUGUUGCUGAAUUGAAAGUUACAGAUAACAACAUUGGGCCGAAAGGCGCUGACAGUAUCUUUUCGGCUCUGAUGUCAAAUCAAAAUCUGACGCACCUAUUCCUGGAUGGAAAUCCAAUAGGCCCAGAGGGCCUCCAGCUGCUACCAGGCUUAGCAAUGCCAGAGAAAGUGCCAGGGUCCUGCUCCGGUUUUCGCAGAUGUUUGGCGCCAUCAAGAAGUUUGGAUGCAUCGUCGUCUGCAUCGUCUGCUUUGCAACUCUUGAGCCUGUCAAGGACUCAACUAGGACCAAAGAUUUACCCCUUGGCUCAAUUUCUUUCCAACACCCGGACAUUGAAGAAGCUCUAUCUUAAUGACAAUGGCCUUGGUGAGGCUGGAGCUCAUGUGAUUGCCGAUGGACUGCGAGACAAUUGCAGCUUAGAAGUACUUACCUUGAACAAGAAUCAGCUUCAUGAUGGCGUUUUAGUGAUUUUUGAAACUUUGGCAGUGCCACAUGGUCGUGGCCAACUCUCAACCUUAUAUGUGGCUGACAAUUACCUCAACAAUGACUGCAUUGAAAAGAUUCUUUGGAUUCUUCCACACAUCCGGCACUUGAAGAAGAUCAACCUUGCAAAAAACUUAUUCUCUCUACACUUGCUCAGUGAUGCCUUGAAACGAGGAGUGGUGCUGCCUGAGCUGCGUGUGACUGUUCGAGAUCAGACUGACAAAGAUGCUGUGGAGUGCAUGGGCGACCUGGGCACCAUGGUGGAGCUGGACUAA